CGACGGUGAAAUCGAUUUUGAUAAAAUUCCGUCCUGGUUUACAGAAGGAAACAUAUUACAACAUCAUGGAAGAACACGAAGAUGAAACUGACAAGGAAAAGAGAACUCUCGACAAUGCUCUUAUGGCAAGCAUUGAUAUGGUGGCUCUCAACAACAAGGUUGUGUGUAUGAGAAGCACUGCAAAGAAAGCAAAGAUCUACACAAUCCGAAAACUGAAGAAUAGAUUGAAGCAGCUGAAGGAUAGGAAAGGUAGUCCAGAAGAAAUUGCCAAAGACAGAAGGAGGUUGAACAGAUUUAAAGAAGAACUUCAUGUCAUAAGGCAUCUAAAGAAAGACCUGAUCUCUAAGUAUGCAUUAGGGUGUACAGAUACAGUUCAUGAUCUCUGCAAGAAACAGAAUGAUGUGGCUAUUGAGAUCAGAGCUUUGACAAGACUUGCAGAGCACAAGUUGAUGCAGCUGUCCAUCAAAAAAUUCCGAGAGGAGCAUGAGGACUGGAAGUCUCUGGCUGCUUUUCUACUUACAAAACAAUCAGGACGCAGGAUUAAAAAACAGCGGGGGCCAACACCUAUAGAAAAGAUGAUUACAAAUGUGACAACAGGUCAACUUAUGGUUAAAACAUAUCUACAGGACAAACUGGAGAGGAGUGUUGAUCUCCCAAAAGACAAAAAUAUCAAAAAGAAAAAGAAAAUUGUUGAGCAAGACAGCAUGUCUGACAGUGAACCUGACAGCACCAUCUCCAACUCUGAUGUAGUGUCUAAAGGUACUGAUCAUGAUGACAUCCUUAGUUCUAAAAACUUGAGAAAGAGCCCUUUGAAAGUUUCUAAAUUGACAAAAACAAAAGUUGAAGUUUCUCCUUCAACUGUGAAAAAGGAUAAAAUAAAGAAAGUAGAAGUAGUGAAAUUUAAUUCUAAAGACCUUGACGGAUCUGAAUCUGUUCCUUCUUUCAUGGAAGAAUCCACAGAAAAGAAAAACUUGGUAGCUCAAUUGAGGGGUAUCAGUGAUGAGGAAAAUCAUUCUGAAUCUGAGAUGGAGCAUGGUGAAAAUAGCAAAAGUGAUGAUUCCAUCAGUGAACAUGAAGAUAGUGAUGAACUGAGUGGAAGUGGAAAUUCAUUACCAAAAACUCAAAAUGUCGAGAAAGUUUGUGGGGAAAUGGUGGUAAAAAAACUAGAAUUGGAUGAUGAUGUUGUAGAUGAAAGUUUCAUGACAGAUAGAAAUGUUACUGUAUUUAAUGAUGAAAUAACAACAACAACAACUAAAAAACCCAAAUCUAAAAAAGCCAUAGAUUCCUUCUUUGUUAGAAGUGAUUCAGGCAGUGAGGAUGGAGAAACAGGAAGUGAAGAGGAUGAUGGGAAGGAAGAUGAAGAUUAUGAUGAUUUCAGUAAUGAAUUGAAUGAGACUGUGGGAAAUCCAGCAUCAAAAGGGAAAACAGCAUUACGGUCUACCUUCAUGUAUUCCUUGAGUAACUCUAAAAAGAAAUCUAAAACUCAUGGUACUCGGGGAAAAUCAUGGGAGGGGCCAGAUCGGGGUGAAAAGUCUAGGGAGGUAGUGGUAGGGGCAAAUUUCAUAAAAGUAGGGGCAGGGGAAGCUUUGAUGGAAAUAGGGGACAUGGCAACUUCGAUAGAAAUGGAGGUCAUGGAACGUUUGCUGGUGGUAGAGGACAGAACUUUGACAGACAAGGAAGAAAAGACUGGAAACCUGCCCAUAAAGGGUCUUUAUCACAGUAUGGCACAUCAAAGAACAUCCAAGAAAAACCAGCAGAUGACGGUCCACUUCAUCCGUCUUGGCAGGCAAGUAAGAAACGAAAGGAGCAAGGUGGAAUCCAGGCCUUCCAGGGCAAGAAAAUUAAAUUUGAUGAUUAAAGACCAGAGACUGGAAAUUCGUCUAAAAAGUAUAUGAGACUACUGAAGUAUUAGUGGGUACAAAUCAUGUUGGUCGACAAUUUUUAAUUUGAUUACCUACAUUUCUGUAAAAUACUGCAUAUUUUAUUGACUUCAAAUAAAUCAU